AGAGCUAUUAAUUUGUUUAUGGAAUUCUCGUUUAUUUGUUUUGAAUCAAGGUUUAAGCUCGAUUGAUGGUAGAACUUCAUCAUCGAAUUUAAAAAAAACGCCUUGAUUGAUCGUAGAGAUCGAAUUGAUUUCCAUAAAAUAGUAAAAAACUUUGGACCUUAUCUGGCAAAGGCUAUUCAUGUGGUUGAAUUUUGAAUUACUAGAGCUUCUAAAAUUCACACUCAAUUAGGGCUUCUGAGCUAAACUUCUUUGACAGACACUUCGGAAUAACCUAGAUUUCUGUAGGCACACGUGAUACUUGCUAGAGAAAUAGUUUGGCUCGUUUUGAGCUGCAUCUGCUUAGAUUUUCGGCUGUGAGCUUCACUAUCUUAUGUCUCUUGGGAAAUCUGUCUGGAGACAGGUUAGUACACUGAUACAACUAAACCUUAGCUUCUGCUAUCACAACUGGAAUUUCAAGUUCUCAAACUCGGUGGUAAAUCAAUUAUGAAUUAUGCUGGUUAUGUUUAAGAAUCUAGACCUGUCGCCUGUGAAUAAAGCUGAUGGAGAUAAUCGAGUACCUUCACCAGACUUCCCUGUCUUAUAAUCCACCACCAUGGGCAUCGGUUACUGCUGGAACCCUUGUAGUUAUCACUCUUAUUCUCUCCAUGUACCUUGUUUUCGAUCACCUCACAUCGUACAAGAACCCUGAGGAGCAGAAGUUUUUAAUUGGUGUAAUCUUGAUGGUCCCUUGCUAUUCCAUUGAAUCGUUUAUAUCUUUGGUGGAACCAUCACUUAGUGUUGACUUUGAGAUCCUGCGUGAUUGUUACGAGGCUUUUGCCAUGUAUUGCUUCGGACGGUACCUUGUUGCCUGCUUGGGCGGAGAAGAAAGGACAAUUGAGUUCAUGCGGAGAGAAGGAAGGGGGGCGGGUUCAAAAAUCCCCCUUAUACAACACAGUCUUAGUCAUGAAAAGGGAAUUGUCAAGCAUCCGUAUCCUUUCAAGUUAUUCUUGAAGCCGUGGAAACUAGGUCAAUGGUUCUACCAAGUGGUGAAGUUUGGUAUUGUUCAAUAUAUGUUAAUAAAGACUUUUACUGCUAUUUUAGCAGUUAUUUUAGAAGGCUUUGGGGUCUAUUGUGAAGGAGAGUUUAAGUUAAACUGCGGGUAUCCUUACAUUGCAGUGGUCCUCAACUUUAGUCAAUCAUGGGCCUUGUACUGUUUAGUACAAUUUUAUACUGUGACUAAGGACGAAUUGGCACACAUAAAACCACUGGCCAAGUUCCUGAUGUUUAAAUCAAUUGUCUUUUUGACGUGGUGGCAAGGUAUAGCAAUUGCCCUCCUGUAUCAGCUAGGUUUAUUCAAGAGCCCCAUAGCUCAAGGUUUGCAAUUCAAAUCAAGCGUUCAAGAUUUCAUCAUUUGUAUAGAGAUGGCCGUUGCUUCUGUAGUUCAUCUCUAUGUAUUUCCUGCCAAGCCAUACGAGCUAUUAGUUCCUUAUGUUCCUGGGAACAUAUCAGUACUUGGAGACUACGUAUCUGCAGAUUGUCCUUUAGAUCCAGAAGAGGUUAGGGACAGUGAGCGCCCCACAAAGUUACGGCUGCCACAACCUGAUGUAGAUUCAAAGAGAAUAGCCAUCAGAGAAAGUGUUAAGGAUAUUGUUUUCGGUGGAGGUGGAUAUAUUGUGAACGAUGUAAAGUUCACUGUAACUCAUGCUGUGGAGCCUAUGGAGAAGGGUUUCACAAGGUUUAAUGAGAAAAUACAUAAGAUCUCUCAGAACAUUAAGAAGCAUGAUAAGGAAAAGAGAAGAGCCAAGGACGAUAGUUGCGUCAGCACUUCUUCACCGACACGAAGAGUGAUCCGUGGAAUUGAUGAUCCACUCUUAAAUGGUAGCUUUAGCGACAGCGGGGUUGUAAGGACAAAGAAACACCAUCGCCAUAGAAGAUCAGGGUACACCAGUGCAGAGAGUGGGGGUGAAAGCAGUGAUCAAAGCUACAGUGGGUAUCUUAUUCGUGGGAAUAGAUGGGAAACCAAAGAUUAAACAAUUUGGGAACACUGAAGGGUCUGAAUUAUAAGAAAACAACAUGAUGGGGAAUUGGGUAGCCGUAAACAGGGAUUCUAUCACGUUUCAGAUUCCAAUACCUAAACGAGAUGUGAAAAUCAACUCGCAUCGAGUCUAAUUGAUCACAAAAGAUUUGCUUGAAAGGAGAUGUGAAUUGAGUCUUGUUUGGUUCUAGGAGGCUCCUUUUCUCCAUCAAGAUGUGGGUUCUGGUAUAGGCAACGCAGAUUUAGGAUUCAUUAUUAUUGUCCAUAGUUCUUUCUCAUAUAUUCUCUGUAUGUAAUUGUGCUAUUAAAUGGUUUCCUUUUUUUCUCCGUUCAUUUUUCAAAUUAUAUAACAACUGAAUAUCACUUCAUUGCCUAUUUAUGGGUGGAUGUCCAAUGAAAGAGGAAAUUGAGUUAUCUUUUCGUCA